AUGGGAAUGACAUUCAGUCCACUGAUGAAAUUGAAGCACCCGUCCAAGAAACACAACUUGAAAAAAGAAAAAGCACCACAGGCUGAACCUUUGCAUCAAGAACUAGAAGGUGGGUUUAUCACAGAGUUCAACCAAGAUCAUAUUAUUUCUGAUCCCGGGCUUCGCAUUCCAAUUGAAAGAUUUCAUCCCAACAUUAGAGAUCAAGUGAAGCGAGCUUAUUUGAUGAAGGGUCCAACACAGCUUAAAGGUCAUACUUUUCUUCGUAGCCUUAGUGGUAGUGGACUGAAUGACUAUAGAUCUUUUCUAGAAUCAUGGUUUGCCAAGUAUGAUUGGUUAGAAUACAAUGUGGUGAAAGAUGCCGCUUAUUGCUUUUAUUGCUUUCUUUUUAAGGAACAACCCUCUGAUGGUCAGUUUGGGCAUGAUGCUUUCACAAAGUUAGGAUUUAAUACUUGGAAGAAUGCAUAUAAGGCCCUCCCUAAACAUGUUGGUACUGUUGAUAGUGACCACAAUAAUGCAAGAAAUGCUUGUGCUGAUUUUAAGAAUCAAAGAGCAGGUGUAGAUCGUAAGCUCCAAAAUUAUGGCAAAGACUCUGAAAAAAGAUAUAAAACUCGUCUGACUACUGCUUUAGAUUCAGCAAAAUAUCUCAUUAAGCAAGGUCUUUCUUUUCGUGGACACGAUGAAUCUUCAUCAUCAUUAAAUAAGGGCAAUUAUCUAGAGAUGAUUGAUUCAAACAAAGAGAAGAAUGAAGAUGUGAGGAUUGCAUUUGAUGAGUUGUGUCCAGAAAAUGCUAAAAUGGUUUCUCCAGAUAUUCAAAAGGACCUUGUGAGAGCUUAUGCACAGGAGGUUACUAAAGUUAUUAUGGGAGAGAUUGGGGAUCGUUGUUUCUCUGUCCUUAUUGAUGAAUCACGUGAUAUCUCAAUCAGAGAGCAAAUGGCUGUGGUUGUAAGGUAA